AUGACGGAAAAGUUGGACCAAACCGCUCAAGUCAACAAGACUUUGAAUGGUUCAGAUUCCGGUCUAGACGCCCUUGCGCCGACGCCAAGUCACUGUACGCAAAAACUGGCUGAGUCAGAUGCGGCCAUGGUACAAGGUGAAUGGAUUGCUGAAACGGGUGAACAGGUCUCGCGUCAAGUCUCUCGUCAAGCUUCUCGUCGUGAUGUUGAAACCGCGAGCCAAGAGCUCAGCGAUUCCACCGACGAUGACGACGACUUUCCUGAUGGCGGCCUAGAGGCUUGGCUGGUGGUGCUAGGCGCCUGGUGUGUUUCGUUUUGCAGCUAUGGUUGGAUUAAUAGUGUUGGGACCUUCCAAGAGUAUUACCAAACUGGACCUCUCAAGGAGUAUACUGCAAGUCAGAUUGCUUGGAUCCCGUCAAUGCAAAUCUUUCUCAUGUCGUUCUUGUCGCCAUUCACAGGAAGAAUCUUUGACAACCAUGGUCCAAGAUCCUUGCUCCUCGUUGGAUCUUUUUUGCACGUCUUCGGUCUUAUGAUGGCGUCGUUAUCGUCCGAGUACUAUCAGUUCAUGCUUUCCCAGGGACUCUGCAGCGCCAUUGGUGUUUCUGCCAGCUUUUUGGCGGCUAUUGGCUCUGUAAGCGGCUGGUUCAAGAAGCGUCGUGGCACGGCGUUUGGAAUAUUCGCCACCGGGUCCAGUCUUGGAGGCGUCGUGUUCCCAAUCAUGCUCAGCAACCUCAUCAAGACUGUUGGAUAUGGGUGGGCCAUGCGCAGCGCUGCCUUUAUCAUCUUGGCUCUUCUCAUUGUGGCCAACUUGACCAUCAAGGCUCGACACGUGAAUGGACGCCAGGCGCUUUCGAAAGAACUUCUGGCACGGCCAUUUCAUGAAAAGACGUUUUUGCUGUUGCUUAUUGGUCUUUCCUUGGUGCCGUUUGGUCUGUAUACACCAAUCAACUUUAUCCCUACUGUAGCCAAAGCGGAAGGAAUGCGAGACUCCCUCGCUCAAAAUCUGAUUGCGUUUUACAACGCUGCAAGCUUGAUUGGCCGUGCGGGCUCAGGUCUCCUUGCCGAUAGAUUUGGACUCUUCAACAUCUUCUCGCUAGCCUGCUAUGGCGCUGGAAUCUUCAUCAUGGUUCUGUGGAUCCCAGGUGGAGGGAAUGACGCUGCAACGGUUGCUUUCUCUCUGUUGUUUGGCCUCUUCUCCGGCGCCUACAUCGCGCUAUUGGGGGCUUUGGUGGCAAGAAUUUCGCCAAUUGAAGAAGUCGGUUAUCGGAACGGCAUUGGCCAAUUAUUUGGUGCUGUUGGUGGCUUGGUCACAGCUCCAAUUGCUGGUGCCAUUCUUCAGGGGCCUGGCGGCGAGAUUGGACUGAAAGCGUUUGCUGGAGCGUUCAUGAUUGUUGGAACAACUGGCAUUGUUGCAGCACGAAUAUCUCAAACAGGCUUCAAACUGUGGGUUAGGUUUUGA